CUGGAUAGAUCUCUAGCUAACGAAGAUUACUACUUACAGUAUUACGAGUUUAACCGGGUUAUACAGUUACAUAGGAGACCACGCCACUCCCAGCCGUUUACCCCUGACCCACACGCGCCACAAUCAACAGCCCCCAUUUCAACGCAGGGUACGCAGGGCACGCAGGGCGCGCAGGGCACACAGGGCACGUAG